AUGGUAGAUGGUGGAUGCAGGAUGCAGGAGUGCAGCCGUUUUGUUGCUCGCCCAGUGAGAAUGCCCGUCGCCGAAGCCCAGAGAGGCCGGGGAAGGAAGUCGGCUGCAGCCCGGACACAAUCCGCCACCCACAGCGAGGAGGAGGAGGACGAGCAGCCGCAGCAGCAGCAGCAGCGACGAUCCAACAAGGUGGAGCCAAUGGACGUGGAGGACGAAGACAACAACGAUCGCGAAGACCCAGACGCCGAACUCGACGAGGGCGAGGAUGAGGAGGAGGAGCACUUGGACGAAGGCGAGGAGGAGGAGGAAAAUGACGACGACGACGACCAGGAUCAGGAUAGCAGCAAUGAGACAAGCGAACCGGAGGAGCAGGCAGAGCCGCCGGCCUUUAGCCUGGCCACGCUCGGGCUGCAGCGCGUGGGCAGCGCCCCGCCGCCCAAGCCCAAGGUGCAAAAGGCACCCAUCCUGACCCUCAAUGCCCGCGGUAUGCCGGCCCGCAUCCGCAAAAAGAAUCGUCUGUUCUACGACGAGAACAUCAUUAACGAUGACAAGCCGCUCCGCAUGAGUCUGGCGCCCAAGAAGAUGCCCGGACGACCGCCGCUCUCCGCCGGCGGAGGCUCCGCCCAGAAGACACCGCUGACGCCCUCCAAGGUGCUGAAGAAGCGCAAGGGUGUUGUCUCCCGCUACAUGCGCUCCAGUGACGGCUCCAGCUCCAACUCGGCCAGCAGUCAGCAGCAGCAGCCGGCCCAGUUGGGCAGGCACAAGAAGACGCCAUCGAAGGGUUCGCCGGCGGGCAAACUGCAGACAUCCGGCAGGCUGGUGAAGAGCGGCCGCGGGGCCCACCUGAUUGGUGGCAAGGGUUCGGCGGCAGCAGCUGCAGCAGUGGCCGCCGCCGAGGAGGAGGCCACCCAGGCGGAGGCCCAUGCGGCGGCCCACAAGCGACUGGGUCAGUCCAUUGGGAUGCGCCUACGGAAUGUCCUCAAGCUGCCCAAGGCGCACAAGUGGGCCAUUGCCGAGUGGUUCUACUCGUAUGUGGACAAGCCGCUCUUCGAGAGCCGGGACGAGGUGAUGACCCAUGUGAACGAGCUGGCGCCACGCCUGGUCCCCCGCCUGCUCACCCGCCACGAGUGGAUCAACAUUAGGCGGCGGAUGGGCAGGCCGCGUCGCUGCUCGGCCAAGUUCUUCAGUGAGGAGCGCAAGGAGCUGGACCGCAAGCGGCAGCUCAUCAGGACCCUGCAGUCCCGAAAGCCCGGCGAGCUCAAGGAUUCAAUGCUGCUGUCGGAUAUGCCCGAGAAGAUACCGAUGCCGCUGCCGCUGGGCACCAAGGUGACGGCCAGGCUGCGUUCACCCCAGGACGGGAUUUUUGCCGGCACAGUGGCUGCCUACGAUUCCCUGAACGCCAUGUACCGGGUGACCUUCGAGCGACUGGGCCUGGGCACUCACGCCGUGCCGGACUACGAGAUCGUGUCGGAGAACUUCCACGAGAUGCUGCCGCUGCACAGCUUCACCAAGGACUUCCGGCCCAACCUGAUGUGCAUCUAUCAGACGAACAAUCUCGGCUUUACCACCAACCUGGGCUUCACGGCCAACCUCUCCAGCAAUUAUCUGCAGAAGAAGAUCGAGAAGGGGACGGGGCCAGGAACAGGAGGAGGAGGAGCAGCUGGUGCUGGCAGUCCCCAGAAGCAUCAUCUGGCCAGCAACAAUGCGGAUGCCCGAAAGGCGCUCAGCAUGAAGCUGAACAAGAGCGAUCCCUUGCUGGGCCAGGAUUCGGUCUCCGAAAGCCCCAUCCGGCAGCAGCUGGCCCGGCAUCAUCAUCAUCAGCAUCGGCACAGCUACUCGAGCACGCUGCUCGAGCACCUGGUCCACCUGCAGAAGCACAUUGCGGUGAAGGCCGAUCGCAUCCAGCGGCUGAACAAGAUGAACAGCACCGCGGAACUGGCCCUAGCCGAGAUGAUCAACCAGGACGAGAACGGAGAGUGCCAUCGCCGCCAGAUUGCAGAUAACUUUCAACGACAAUAUGCCUACAACAUUGUGUCCAUUGAGAAGAACAACGUCGAUCUCAUGUUCGAGCUGACCAAGGUCCAGGAGCUCUCCUCCAGCCUUACGCGCAAUCCCAAUGUCCAGGCCAUGAUCUCGCCGACGUAUAUGCGCGAGGAGUGCCGGGCCAAGGCUGCCCUCACGGUGGACGAGAUGAACAAGGGGCUGGUUAAGAAUCCGCGCAUGAUUCGUCUCCUGAAGAACCUAACCACGCUGCUGAUCCUCACCCAGAAUCUUAGCGGCGACAACAAGGUCUUCGAGGGCUGUCUCGAGGAGGUGCGCUCCAAUCUCUUCUCCAGCGACAAUAGCGAGGUCUUCAGGAAGAGCGUGCAGGCGCGGCUGGAGUACAUUACCAAGGACAUUGCCAGGAGUAUGGAGGAGAAGCAGGAGGACGAUGAGGAGGAGGACGAGGAGGAGCAACACGAGCAGGAGGACGAGUCCAAAGACAGCUCGAAGGCGAAAACGAAAGAGAAGGAGCAGAAGCAGCAGUCGGAAGAGAGAAGCAAGGAACCUGGCAAGGUGCCACACAAAAGGGAAGACCCAGAGUCGGAGACGGAGACGGAAGCUGAAAGGAAAGAGGAGGUGAAGAAGGAGAAACUGGACAGAAGUCAGAAGGAGGAGGAGGUGGAGGAAAAGGAGAAGGAGCAGGAGCACAAGUCGAAGGCAGAAGAGGAGACAGAGCCCGAAAUGGAGGAGCAUCAUCUGGAGCCAGAGCCUGAGCAUGAGCCAGAGCAUUCACAGUCACCCAAUGCGGCCGCCACCGACGACACCCAGAUCACCAUCGAGUCGAUGAAGGAGUCCGAGGAGGAGUUCCUUUCGAAUACCGAAACGGAGGACGACGAAAUGGCCGACGAGGAACUGCAGCAGCUGAAAAUGUCGGCCGACCUCUCCGGGGAUGAGUUCGUCUACGUCAAGUAGAGGAUGUAGAUGGUAGUCCCUCUCCCCCGUUCCCCUUUUUUUUUGUCCCCCACUUUUAUUCUCCCUUAGGUUAAACAAAAAAAAAAAACUCCAACGUUGCAAUAGAAGGUGCAACAAGCAGCAACCGCAAGCCUUGGCUUCCACUGUGUACACAAAAAGUGGAAGCAGAGGCCAUCAUCUCCCUUUGAUUAUCUAAUGCAGAAUCUGCUAAGAAUUUAUUAAAGCAAAUUUAAGGAAUGCAUUAAGAGUUGUAUAGAAAAGCCCCGGCAAUAAAGAGUUUCAAAUUAAA